UUUUCAGUGGCCCAAUAUCUUGUCAAACAAACAGCAAUACUCGCUCAACCCCUUGAUUCCAUUUGUCCCAUCCAUUUCUCACUCCACUUUUCACUCACAGAAACUAAUAUAUCUGUAUAUAUAGCCCCUCUCAUGCAUUCAAUUAGAUCAUAAGUUUGAGCAGAACAUUGAGAUCACCCAAGAAAUACAUCAGAUUCAGAGACCCUUUUUUGUCAUUUCACAAGGAAAGAUGUCGAGCGCCCAGUGGAACGCAGGCGAGACCCACGGCCAGACUCAGGCCAAGACCGAGGAGUGGAUGCAGUCGGCCCAGAACACAGCGGACAGGGCUUGUGACAAGAUGGCUGACUCCAAGGAGUCGGCUCAGCAGGGGAAGGAACAGAGUGCCGGAUUCAUCCAACAGACUGGAGAGCAAGUGAUGCACAUGGCACAGGGUGCCAUUGAUGGGGUGAAGAGCACUCUUGGAAUGAAUGAGAAGAAUGAGAAGAAGUGAAGAAAGUUCCACUCUCUAUAACAUCAUGCAUGUGUGAGAGAAGGUCUUGAAGUAGCUUUGGAUGAUUUUUUUUUCUUUCUAUUAUAUUAUUGAGGUUUCUGUGAAGGAAACUCUCCUUAGGCAUGAAAUAAAAGCUGUAUAGCUCUCUAGCAAUUAAUAAUGCAGAAUUAAUCCUAUAGUUGGGGUGCUGUUAUAUUAGGUUUGGUUUGGUUUAAUGGGUUUUUAUUAGGGUUUUCCUUCUGCGUAAAUGGUGGAUAGUGAAAAUGGUUGAAUGUAAUCGAUGCAGAAGUACUAUUGCAAUUCAAGAAUUUCGAUUAUAUUUCUUCUUUUA